CAUAUCUGCCCUGCUAGGGGCGUAACUAAUUCUGAUUGGUCACGCCCCUCGCGUUCCAUUGGCUGAUGCAGGUGACUGCUGAAUGAGCUGGUUGAGUGAGUCCUACCUUGCAGCAGGUGCUGCAGGCAUCGGGCGAUGAGGCUUUUGGACAUGGAGGGCUCACUGCUAAAAUGGACUAACUACCUCUCAGGCUGGCAGCCGCGUUACUUUGUGCUGGACAGAGGGAUCUUGUCUUACUAUGACUCACCGGACAAUGUUGGCAAAACAAGCAAGGGCAGCAUUAAAAUGGCAGUGUGUGAGAUCCGAGUGCAUCAGACUGAUAGCUGCCGGAUGGAUCUACUGAUACCAAGGGAGCAGUGUUAUUACUUGUGUGCGGAGAAUGCAGCUGACAGGCAGAGAUGGCUGGUGGCACUAGGAUCUGCCAAAGCCUGUCUGGGUGACAUUGCAACACAACAAACCAAAGAUAGUCUGCCUGAUAAUGAAUCUCUAGGUCGGAAAUUGUCUGAGCUUCGGUUGUUCUGUGAUCUACUUAUGGAGCAGGUGGUGGAAGUACAAGGAGCGGUUGAUGCAGAUGAGCUGGGGGCUGCAUCAAACAUGGAGAAACUCCAUGCAGCAUGUUCUGUGCUACAGGGCACAUGCUCACACAUCUGUGUCACACUAGAUGACUGUAUGAAAUAUGCUAGCACCAACCUACAGCCACUUAAACUUGCACAGGACCCUCCGCUACCUGUUUUACCAGGAGAUGUUGUUGGCAGCAAGCUCCCCCAGAGUCGUAAGGUAAAAUGUUCCCUCAGUUAUCCUGCAGAGCCGAUAUCUCACAGGACAUCUGAUUCCCUACGGCAGAUUCAUGGGCCUACGGUUACGAAGAAUCUUGAGCAAAUGGCAACGCGCUUACACACUAGGGGACGGCAGUACUUACCAUCCAGUGAUGGAACAUCAGGGAAAAAGGACAAUAUACUAUCCAACAACAUUGAUGUUCAGGUCAAAUCAGCUGAGAAGCGCUGCCGCUUUGUAAUAUAUCCCUGGUUGGAAUCUAAAGGUGCCCAUACACUAGACGACCUGUAAAUGAUGAUUUCUCGUUAACGAUUUCCCUUGAACUCCCCCGGCAGCUCCUCAGAAGUCCUGGGCAAACGAUAUAGUACAAUACACAUAAGAUAUAUCUUAAGAUCUGGGAGUGGCUACAUCCAGGAGCAUGCUGACGUUGACGAUAGCUUCAGAUCUUCCCUGCAGCAGGAAAGAUCAGAAGCUCCAACCAACGACCAGAGGGACCGCACAUCGUGAUCGUUCACAGACACUGAAUGAUCUGCACUAUUACUGUCUGUACGAUUUGUAGUUCUGAUCUGUUUUUUGUAGGACAAAUCGUUCAUAAUAUCAUCUAGUGUAUGGGCACCUUAACCUGUGACCCCAGCGCUGUCAGCCAGUAACGCUAAUACCUGUUCUCUCUGUACCAGAUCUUGUAUUAGUUACUAAUAGCAUUCCCUUAUGUAUAAACAGAGGAUAUUAUCGCAGAUUUUUGUUUGCAGCCCUAUUCUGCACGCAAAAUGUGUGAGACACUGGAAGGGCACACAAGGGGUUCGGGUGCUGUUGCCAGAGUUUACACUGGGUCAAUCCAUUUACCUUUGCGGGUUAUUGGAUUGACCCCAGUUUCAACAUGGGUCAUUUACUUAUUUAUUUAUUUAUUUUGAAGAUACAUUGUAUCACGAGCCUUUGUACACUUUCAUAGUAUCCCUAGGUAAAACUUCUGGUAUGGCAUACUAAUUACUAUCACACAGAGAUGGCCGCAGAUCGCAGCCAGAUCUGCCUCCAUCUCUGCACAUGCUGAUGGCCCACCCAGCACAGGGCAAGGCUGACCCCUGGCAGCGCAGCCUGGCUGCACUGUCAGACGGUCAGCAGACAUUUUUUUUUUUUCGUAGCGGCUGCACGCAACAUCACGCAGUCGCCCCAAAAACGGUCCCAGCCUGCCCCCAGUUUUUCUGCUGACCCCCCCCGCAUCGCCGUAAUCGCACCCUCUCAAUGCUGUUGCCUGACAAUCACAUUGCGGUCGCAUCCAUCAGGGAUGCAACUGCAAUGUGAAUGGCCGGGCAGCCACUGUGCGACCGCUGCGUGUGCACAGUUUGCUGCCACCGGCAAACUGCGCUGCGGGCUGCUAUUGAGGUAGGGUCUGAAUGACCCCCUCAGUCUGCAUACAUUGAGUGAACAGUACAUAUUUAUAAAGAGAUAUUAUUACAUAAACAUCAGUUCUAACACAUGACUUCUGUAAGACAUGGCUACAUCUGCACUUUGCUAAAUACAUUUUGUUUU